UUAUUAUUAUACGUUAUUAUUUUAUUAUUAUAUUAUUUCAUUAUUUUAUUUUUUUAUUUUUUUAUUUUUUUAUUUUAUUUUUACUUUUUACUUUUUUUGGAACAACGCUUUCGCCUUCUGGACAGGAGUGGGUUCAUUUCAGAUAAAAAAGUACUAUUUGGUAGGAAUGAGAGUGUUGAGAAAGCAAAGAAGUUCCUGUUUGGACUGAGAUAAGCGGAGGAGAAACUAAUGAUGAGGAUGUAGAGAGUGGCGUUGGGAAAGAUGCGGCGGACAACAGACCAGAGUUGUGGCUGUUUGCAGAGAGUGGCACCAUGCACCAUGCACCAUGCUCCACAUGUAUCAUGCUCCACACACCAUGCAUCGUGAACGAUGCAUUGUUCUCCAUGCACCAUGCACAAUGAUCCAUGCACCAUGCAUCAUAUUCCCUGUUCCAUGCUCCAUGCACCAUGCUCCAUGUGUAACAUAGUCAAUCUGGUCUGUAUUAAAUCCAGCUAAAAUGGAAUUUACGCCACCUGCUGUGGUUAAGGUGCACUUGCAUUUCAUUCCAAGACGCAAGGGAUUGUGGGGGAUCCCCAGAGUGACUCGGGAUUCCUCAGGAGGUAACGUCUGUCUGUAUGGGUCUGUGGGCUAUAUCGGGGUAAUAGAUGGGAAUAGUGAAUUAAAAGUGAGCUGGCUUUAUUUGUUUGUUUAGUAAUUGUCUUAGAUUGUAUUCGUCAUGUUUUCAUUAGGUUAUGUAUUAGUUGUAUAUGUUUCGUCGCCAGUCAUUAAUGUUUAAUAGUAGCUAACCUAGCUAACACGAACGUGGCUCCGUCUCUCCAGAGCGGAGCACGCGCAGCUGCCCACAGAAGCUGACGACGUCCUCUGUCCCUUUGUGUGAAUGCAGAAUAAACAGUUGCUACCAGCCUGCCCAGCUCUAAGGAGAUUCAUUGACCAGGAGACAUCUCACAGGGGUUACACGUGCAUCACCCAUGCUCCAUGCACCGUGCUCCAUGCAUCACCCAUGCACCGUGCUCCAUGCAUCACCCAUGCCCCGUGCUCCAUGCAUCACCCAUGCACCGUGCUCCAUGCAUCACACAUGCCCUGUGUUCCAUGCAUCACCCAUGCACUGUGCUCCAUGCAUCGCCCAUGCACCGUGUUCCAUGCAUCACCCAUGCCCCGUGCUCCAUGCAUCACCCAUGCACCGUGCUCCAUGCAUCACCCAUGCCCCGUGCUCCAUGCAUCACCCAUGCACCGUGCUCCAUGCAUCACACAUGCCCCGUGUUCCAUGCAUCACCCGUGCUCCAUGCAUCACCCAUGCACCGUGCUCCAUGCAUCACACAUGCCCCGUGUUCCAUGCAUCACCCGUGCUCCAUGCAUCACACAUGCCCGUGUUCCAUGCAUCACCCAUGCACCGUGCUCCAUGCAUCACCCAUGCCCCGUGUUCCAUGCAUCACCCAUGCCCCGUGUUCCAUGCAUCACACAUGCCCCGUGUUCCAUGCAUCACCCAUGCACCGUGCUCCAUGCAUCACCCAUGCCCCGUGCUCCAUGCAUCACCCAUGCACCGUGCUCCAUGCAUCACCCAUGCACCGUGCUCCAUGCAUCACCCAUGCCCCGUGCUCCAUGCAUCACCCAUGCACCGUGCUCCAUGCAUCACACAUGCCCCGUGUUCCAUGCAUCACACAUGCCCCGUGUUCCAUGCAUCACCCAUGCCCCGUGCUCCAUGCAUCACCCAUGCACCGUGCCCCGUGUUCCAUGCAUCACCCAUGCACUGUGCUCCAUGCAUCACCCAUGCUCCAUGCACCGUGCAUGUGAAGGAUCUCUGUGGAGCCGGCUGAUGCCUCGUGGUGUUCCUCCUCUUUGUUGAAGGUUCUCCGGUUCUCCCGGGAGCCAAACAUACCAAAGCCUGGAGGUCAGCAGCUGCUCGUCCAACAUCAUCAAACAUCUGACGUUCUAAAGUAAACUGGGAUUUCUUUCAAGUGACUUCUGGAACACGACGGUUGAGUAAAACGCUCCGCCGUCGGUCGUAAAUAUGAUCUGUCACGCAUCAGGAUUCCGCUGGAUGGAAAUAAUGAGGAGAAGCCGGUUUGUGUUUGUGUUCGGAGCUCAGGCCGGAGCUUCAAAGCCUCUCUGGCACCGCGGAGGGGAAGCCCACUGCAUGUCCACAUUUAGGAUUCACAUGAACAUGAUCUGACUGAGGAGGAGGAGGAGGCUGCAGCCGCGAUGAAGGAGCCAAGCAGAGGAGCAGCUGACGUCCUCUCCACCUUCAGCCCUCAGAGUCGCAUCAACGACGUGUUCGACCAGCCUGAAGGACGACGUGACGGGGCACCGACCUGAUGUUGGUGUGACCUUUGCUCUGUGGAGGUCAAGAUGCUGGUUGUGUUGGCCCCCGGGUGUUUGAGGGCACUUUGCUGGUUGCAAAUGCAGCUUUGAAUUAAAAAAUGAUCGAUAGUUUAUGAAGCGAAUAACAUGUGACGCUGUGAGAGGAGCAGCGCUGACGAGACCAACCUGUCCACAUGUCCAGAGCUGCGACACUGGGGGAGGCCAGUGAGACCUGAGAGCACACCAGGCCUCUACUCCUCCCCUCUCAUUAAAAAGCACUUCUCUCUUGGUGAGCGCUUGGCGCCCCGUUGCCAUGGCAGCACGUUGCGCUCUCGGCACUCAGCUGUCAGCCUCGAGUCGCCCUCUGGCUGUCGUCACGGGAACCUCUGAAGGCAGAUUGAUCUUCAGAUGAACUUCAUGAACCACUUUCUGUCCUGACAAUAAGAGAAAAGAAUGCAACUACAGCUGAAGUGAAAGUGUUUCACUCACCUGUCAUGAUGUUGUCAACACAACAUUCACGUCCUGCUAACCCAAAAGAGAGGAGGUCAAAGGUCAACGAUACAUAUUCAAGGAGAGAAACAGAAUGAAAUGAACUUUAGUUUCUUCGUAUUUGUUUCCAGAGCUCGUCCCCCUUCAUCUCUCGUGACUAACCUAAAGCAUUCUGGGAAACGCUGGUCAGAUUCUCCUGAUGACUCACAAACAACAACACGGAGCGCAGAGCGCUUCAUGUUCAGCACAUGUUCUGUGUGAAACGUGUCGCCGUGUGAAGUCACAUCAAAUAUGCAAAUACACGAGGGAAGUUCUUUGAAAAGGCAGCUCUUGAGUAAAUGUAAUGUACACACACACAAACACACACAGUGACUGGACUCGUCUGGCCUCUUUGCUUAUCUGGGGUUGAUUAAUAUGACCACACUUCCCUACACACACAAACAUGAGUUGUGGUGAAUGACUUUGUAAAGUGUGUGUGUGUGUUUUGGGCAACACACACACACACACUUAUGAGCAAUGUGAUGGCGGAUUCCCAUGAACUCAGUCACCCUUUCAAAAUAAAAUAUGUAUAUUUAUAUAUAUAUACAUAUAUGUAAAUGUAUAUACAUAUAUAUUAUUAUUUUUAUAUAUAGAAUUAAAACAAUUUAAUAAAAAAAUAUAUAUACAUUUUUAUUUUAAAGGAAGUGUAAUCCAUUGUUACAGAAUAAACCACAAUAAGUAUUUAAUAACCUAAAACAGCAUUAAAGUACUUAAAUAUGAACACUUAAAUAUGAACACAUUAUUAAUAAUGACAAUUAUACAACAACCUGAGUUAGAGUUUUACUCUGUGAACAUGGUGACGCUCGUACUUCAGACUUUAAUAAACAUGUCAAAGUGUUUUCUGGGUUAAAGUUUAACAACAAACUGUUUUUCAGAAGUUCAGAAUGACAUUAAACACAACAACAUUGAAUCCAGAUGCGCUGGCAAGACCUCCGACCGCCAUGAGGCCCAGGGGGGGGGGGGCAGCAUCAGGACCACACACACGCAAGCCCUCCAUCUCUAAUAAAGACACUUAUUAUUGUUUACUAAAUAAACAGGAAGCUUUUUAUUAAACUUCUAAAGACAGUUUGAAGAUUUCCUUUUUAAUAAUGUUAAAACAAUGCUCCUGUUGAGGAAACUGUUCUGUCUAUUUAAAACAUAUCAGUCUUAGGAGAAAUACAGGACUGUCUCAGAAAAUUGGAAUAUUGUGAUGAAGUUCUUUAUUUUCUGUAAUGCAAUUAAAAAAACAAAAAUGUCA